AUGAUUAAAGCACAGCAGAUCCUGCUGACCAAGUACACCGACUUUGACAGGCCAAUUGUGUUUGACGACACGGAGGACUCGAACUUCAAGCUCAUAACCAAGGAAUACGACGUCUCUGAUGACGAGCUGUUGAGACAUGGUGAGAUAUUCAUCCAGGUGAUAUACCUCUCCAACGACCCUGCGCAGAAGGGAUGGUUCACCCCCUAUAAGUCGUACAAGGCAGUGACUCCACUGGGCGAGAUUGCACCAGCUGAUGGGAUUGCCCGUGUGUUGGCUUCAAAGAACCCACGGUUCCCCAAAGGUUGCUAUGUUGAAACGUUUACAGGCUGGUGUGAUUAUCGUAUUUUAGACACUCAAAAGGAAAAGUGCCAUAUUGUCGACCCUCACAAGGUUCCUCUAGCCAAGUACCUUAGCCUGUUUGGUGGUACUACGAUGACUGCGUAUUUCACCGUCUUCCACUACGCUCCACAGGUACAGAACAGAGUAUGGAUGGUUACAGGGGCAGCAGGGGCAGCAGGGUCCAGCUGUGUUCAAUUCAUCUCCAAAGUUCUGAAUCCAAAGCUGGUUAUUGCCGUUGCUGGUGGUAAAGACAAGUGCCAAUGGGUUGAAACUUUAGGUUCCAGAGUCAAAUGCCUGGACUACAAGGAUCCAGGCUACAAGAAGGACUUGUUCAAGCUGCUGAACGCGGACAAAUCAGAGAUUGAUGUAUUGAUUGAUCACGUUGGGGGAUGGAUCUUGAACAACGCCAUCCUGUACAUGAGUGAUUUCAGCACCGUUGUGCAAGUUGGAGCUGUUGCAGGUUAUAACUCCCCAAGUGACGGUUUCACAAACUAUGCCAACGUCAUAACGAAGAGAAUCACCAUCAAGGGCAUGAUCGUCAUGGAUCACGCUGCUGAGUUUGGUCAAGCUGCCCAUAGGAUCUCUCAAUGGCUCAAGGAUGGAACUUUGGACGUCAACAACUUUCCAGAGCAUAUCGUCCAGGCCAUUGGACCGAACUUCACAAACGUUCCACAGCUGUGGACCCAGUUAUUCCAAGGUGUUAACCGUGGGAAGUACAUCACCCAGGUCAAUGAGUACGCCCAAGGCAGGGAGUCUCGUUUGUAA